AUGAACAGGAGAUUGGAUUCAUUUUUAGCGAGCCAGAAGAAACUGGACGAAAAAAACGCAACGCUUCAGCAAGAAAACGUCAAGUUGCGAACAGAACUCUCAAAACAGGAGAGACUAAACAACACCAAACGCGGCUCAAAACGUAAACGUACAGAAUCCAAAGUAGAAGUUCCUAUGGAUUUAAGGGUAGGUUUACGUACUUAUUUUAUUGCUUUGAUGUUAGAAGAAAAGCUUUUCAUCAUGAGAGAUCAGAGUUUGUGCUUAUUCUUUAGAGCUGACCGUGUGAUAGCGUGUCUUCAGAGGCGCCCACAUGCCUGUGUUGUAAAACAUCACAGAAGCCUACAAACGCACAUUGUCUUCCCCUUCGCGCCAAAUUUUAGUAUUUAAGAAGUGGGAACAUAUAUUUAUUUCACCAUUGAAUAACACGAGAUCGAUGGAGACAGUUGCUGUUGGAAGCAACCGAUAAUGAUCGAUGAUGUGGUUGAUCUCAAAACAGAAGCCAUGAACAGGGUUAUUGGUUAUAUGCUUCUGUUUCAAUUUGCAGGGUUCGUACAGUCUUGAAAAGUCCUUGAAUUUCAUUUUUUACUUGAAAUUUUAUGAAAAUCCUUGAAAAGUCCUUGAAUUUUCUUCAACUUUGAAUGUAGUGGCCUGGAAAGUGUAUUUUGAUGCUUUUUGGUUGUCCAAGACAGAAUAUGAAUCAUAGCUCAAAGGAUUUAAAGGUUAUUUACACAAAAUGCUCAAUGUUUUAUGCAAUAAUUAACUAUCAAUUUAAGACAAGUGAACUGAAAAAUGGGCAAUUCCAGAAAAUAUCCAUACCCAACCACGGACGGCUUCCAUGUUUUAACCCCCCCCUUGCCUUCGGAAAUUCCAAAAUGCGCUACCCCCCCAUGCCCUCAGAAUUCCAUAGUCGUGAACCCCCCCUCCCCUUCAGAAUUUCCGGGUUUUUUUGGAAGUACAUUUUCGACUUAGCAACGCCUAUAAGAACAAACGAACAUGAAUUUAUGCCUCCUCAAGGCUGUGAUCUAGCGGCGCCAGGUGACAAGCUUUACUCUUCAGUGACAAGAAAAACCUACGCUAGUUGCCAGGCCGUGCAAACUCCUUUUUAAGUCCGAAUUUGGCUAUAAAAAUAAACACCACUUAAGCUAAUUUUACUCCUCUUUGUUUUCUUGUGCUGUUUUGACGUUUACAAAGGAAAAUAGCUCAAACAGACUGUUAAAAUCUUUUGGCGGUCAAAUAUACCGUCGAGUCAUGUUGCGUCCUUUUAUACGUCAUGUAGUGCGCACGAAAAGCGUUCUAAUCUGACAGGCGUUCCUUGGAAGUGAGGGACUGGUGCGAGUUUUUACUGUUUAUCGGACGGUUUCGGACGGGAGUAACAAGAAAUUUGCAAGCGGUAUUAAAAGAUACAUUUUCAGUUUUUAUUCACGUGACAAGAAAUUCAUCAAGGUAAAUGUGAAACCAACGUUUUACUGUUCACUUCUAUAAGUUAUGAGCGUAAACACGUGUCUGAUCUAUCGAUGCUUGUCUUCUGCUUCCGCGGUCAUACGUUCGUGGUUUAUUUACGAACUACAAAAGUCCACAACAAUAGCGUUUUCCAGGAACUUACUCUACACUUUCUACUCCAGAAAUCCCACCUGUGGAAUUCCCCCAUACCUUCGGAUUUCAAUUCGUAAAUACCCCCCCAUGCCUUCAGAAUUCCAUAAUCGUGAAUCCCCCCUCCCCUUCGGAAAUCCUUAAAGCCGUCCGUGGUAUGGUAUGGAUAUUUUCUGGAAUCGCCCAAUGUAAAGAAGUUGGUGAAGCAAACAGUUCAAGCCUUAAAGCCUUAUUAGAAUGGACUGGGAAUGUGCAUUAACUUUAAAAGUUGUUCAUAAAAUUGGAAAUAGUCCACUGUAAAAUGUCAUAGAUAGGCUUCAGCAGUUAAAAUUGACUUAUUACAUGAAUUAGGUCUUGUUUUAACUGAGGAUAUUUUACUGAGCCUUCACUUUGAAAUUAACAUACUGUUUUUGUCACAGUUCCCAGUCAGAGGUGAACCAGGACAUCUUGUCUAAAAUAAAAGAAGUUCUAAAAAAAGAACACGGAGAAGAAAAUUGCCCAUGGACUGAUCUGCAAAUGGAAGGUUUGUUGUUACAUGAAUCAACUCUUAUUAAUAAACAAUUAAUGAAUGAGCCUGAGUAUCUUAUGAAUAAGUGUGGAGAUCAAGGAGGGUGUUAUCGGCCGAUAACUCCCUCUGAGAUCUCCAUAAUUCUUCAUAUGAUAUGAAAGCCAAAUUCAAAAAUUGUUUUAUUAUUCAUUCAAAAUAAUUCCUAGUUUAAAAAUGUAGCUAAAACAUGCUUACCUCCAUCAGUGUUAAGUUCAUCUUCUAUAGUGCACAUUUACAGUUGUUCAGCUCCGCAAAUAGCAGAUGUCGCCCUUCGAGUUGUGUUUCUGGCAUGUUUUUAGCUAUUAUUUCGCCAAGUUUUUAUUCUUGAAAGAAGUGAAAUGUCCUUAAUUUUUUGUUUUCACCACCAAAAUAACUCAACCUCUUCCCCUGGUCUUCUCGGUUAAUGGUACAUUAACCUGCAAGGAAGUAGCACUUUUGACGUCAUCAGUUGAUUAAAACGACAAUUCUUUCAAAUUUGGUCAUCAGUAGCUGGUUAUGAUGAAUUAUAGGUGUGCUUUUAGCCAAUCAGAAUCGGGGAAAUAUUUUGAAUGAAUAAUAACACUUAUUAUUAUAUAAACACCAAUGAAAUACCAGGUGAGCUUUCACUUGAAAACUUGGUAUCUUCACAUGUGAAAAUAUCACCGUUGCUAUGGCUACAUAAUAAAUCGCGCUUUUCACACCAAAUUACUUUUAAAGUGAAAUGGUUUGGUAGUUCAUUGGUGUUUAUAUUAUAAUAAAUAGAAUAUUAUAUGGCCGCUUGGAGAUACGAAAUUUCUCGUCCCUUGUUGAGAAAAUAACACUGCCUGUAGCUAAGGAAUCAAGUUCUUGUCUGUAAAAGUUAUGUCAGGGUUCUCAAUAGAUUUUUAAGUAGGAGGUGAUCACUGAUAAAGUAGGAGGCUCUUCAGCAAAGCCAGAGGUGUCAAAACAAAGCAAAGAAAAGCGACUUAAACACAAAGUAAGCGGCUAUAAAUCCCAAAGUAAGCGGCGAUCAAUCGCUGGGUGCCGCCCCCUAUUGAGAACCCUGUAUGUACACUUACAUGUACUAGUUCCUUUUCAACCCUAGGGGCAGUUGCUAAAUUUAGAUUUGAAGAAAUCUCAGCAGGUUUUUUAUAAAAUGUUGCCUACUUUAAAAUUUCUUUUUGCUAAUUAUUGGUCUUUACGUCAACAGCUCAAUUCCUUCGUUACUUCAGAAUGGUAAAGGAGAAAUGUCAAAGAAUAAAAAAAGGAAAAAAUGAAGAGCACAAGCAGAGGUGCAAAAUGAGUAGACGUCUCACAAGUGUAAGUAUAAGGAAGUUUUUUUUUCAAACAUCUGAACAUGGUCAAAUAUAAAAACUUUUUUUGAUACUUAUAAAUGCAGUGGUAUCCCAUUAAUAGGGACACCUGUAUGUACUGGACAGUUUUUCAUGUCCUCAUGAAAAACAAUGUAUAAUAUGUUUAUAAUGUCAUAUUUAUUGUCAGUGAUACAUUGUUUUUUUUUUUCUGAUCUUAACUGCAGUAUAUGGGUGAGGCCACUUUUAUCCUUAGUUAUUUUAUUUUUACUUUCUUGAACAAAUUCCAUUAUUACAAACAUGAAUUCGGGGUUCUCAUUAAUUUUUUAAGUAGACAGCUAGGAUGUUAAAGUAGGCGGCUUGGUAAGUAACUGAGUGCUGUAGGAAAUUUCAGGCGUUCACUCUCUAACUUUACUCUAUUUCCCCAAAAAGUAGACGGCUCAAACCUCCAAGUAGCCGGUUUUUUAGCCAGCUGCCGGCACUUAAUGAGAACCCUGUGAAUUGAUAGAUUAUAUUUAUUAUUGAAGGACUGCAACACCAUUAUUUAGUUUGAUUUUUGUCCUUCUUUAUGUUUUUAUUCGAAGCUGGACAGGCGAUGUGGGGCUUUUGAGCUUAUAGGAGAAUCCUUAUCCUCAAGCCAGAAGCAGCUUGCCCCAGAGGUGCUCUAUGUCGAGUACAUGAGCAGUGAGGAGUCUGCCUAUGAAGAUGAGGAAGAUCCCAUCACUGGUGAAGUAACACAGAAACUAAAAGGUUAUUUAACCAAGAAGCUCUCUUGGGAGAGAACAGCCCUGACAAACUUAAAAGCAAGCUUGACAGAGCCCAUUAUGGAAGCCUCACCCCUCAUGACAAAGCAUUGGCAAAGCCAAGGUUUGAGGGUGAUAUAUCAAAGAGACCAGCACCCGAUGGUCCAUCAUGGGCCGUGA